UCUAACCAAAAAAUAUUCACUCACAAACCAGAUCUCAAUCUUCUACCUCUCUUCUCUCGAAACCAAUCGCAAUGGCUCGCACCAAGCAGACGGCAAGAAAAUCAACCGGAGGCAAGGCUCCAAGGAAGCAGCUAGCCACAAAAGCCGCAAGAAAAUCAGCUCCAGCCACCGGAGGAGUGAAGAAGCCCCACAGAUUCAGACCAGGAACGGUGGCUCUCAGAGAGAUCAGGAAGUACCAGAAGAGCACCGAGCUUCUGAUCCGUAAGCUCCCUUUCCAGAGGCUAGUGAGAGAGAUCGCUCAGGAUUUCAAGACGGAUCUCCGUUUCCAGAGCAGCGCCGUCGCCGCUCUCCAGGAAGCUGCCGAAGCUUACCUCGUUGGACUGUUUGAGGAUACUAAUCUGUGUGCGAUCCACGCGAAGAGGGUGACGAUCAUGCCGAAGGACAUACAGCUCGCUAGAAGAAUCAGAGGUGAAAGGGCUUAAGAUCUUCGUUGAUGGUUGUUGCAUCUGUUUGAACGAAUGUGUGAUGAAUUGUAUUAACUUCAAGUUUAUUACUAUAAGACAUUUAAUCCAGUUUAAU